AUGAAUUCCGGGUGGAAUACGUAUUGCCGACGAACUGUAGGGCUCGAGGGCUACCGUCUUGAUUCAGAGGCCAGACCGCCCGGCCAAGGCACAGUGGCGGAAACCCUUAGUGGGCCGGGUCAAAUCAUCAACGUUUUUGUGGGUCAAUGCGGGUCGCAAAUGAGCAGCGCUUUUUGGGAACUCUUCUGCAUCGAACACGGUAUAGACCCUGAGGGUUGUCCCGUCUGUUUUGAGGGUCAAAGUGGAGAUGACUUGGACGAGGGACGCGAUGUCUUCUUUGAGGAGACGGAAUCAGGUGGAUUUUCACCACGCACGGUCAUCAUGGACUCCGAGCCGCUUGUGAUUGACGAGAUAAGAGCGGGUGUCUACCGGAGCCUCUUCAAUCCCCAACGUCUACUAAGUGGAUCGGAGGAUGGAGCGGGAAAUUACGCACGUGGGUUCUAUCAACUCGCCUCACAGCACGCGCCUCGAUUCGCCGCAACGCUGCGUCGGGUUGCUGAGACCUGCGACUUGCUGGAGGGCGUUUGCUUCUUCCACUCGUAUGGAGGAGGAACGGGCUCCGGUCUUUUGAUGGCUCUUCAUGACACGAUAGACGGGGAGUAUCCCAAAGCGAAUAAAUUGGACCUCGGUGUCUACCCUGAUUACGACCAGGCCCUCUCCGUCCUGGAGCCCUACAAUGCCGUCCUCGGAGCUGCCAGUCCGUACAAACCCGACUGCAUCUCUCUGGUCCUUCAAAAUCGUGCAAUCAUGGACAUUUACGAGCGUGAAUUGAACGUGGCCUGUGUAACCUAUUCGCAUAUUAAUAGACUUCUUGCUCAGGUUUAUAGUGGAUUGACGGCUGGAUUUCGAUUUUACUCCUCACUGACAUCAAGUUUGGUGGAAUUACAGACAAAUCUGAUUCCUUACCCAAGUAUGCACUACCUCAUGUGCAGCUUCUACCCACUGAUGAGUCCGGCUGUCUACGAUAGUACAAAAUUGACGGCUGAAUUGCUUCUCCAAGAGGCCCUAUCCGACCGAUUCCAGCUAGCAUUGGGUGUAUCUCCCAUUGAAGACUCCGUGAUGCUUUCCUGUGCUCUGCUCUAUCGUGGAGAUGUAACGCCGUCAGUCAUUAAUGCGGCAGUUGACGAAUGGAAACAAUCGGGCAGGCUCAAGUUCGCUGACUGGAGUCCGUGUGGCUAUAAGAUUGGGUGCUGUCGACAGCCAAUGGUAGUUAUAAAAGCCACUGGAAUGGUUGCGACUCCCAUCUGCAUUACCGCUCUCUACAAUGGAACUCUGGUGAAAUCCACCCUUACUGGAAUUGGAAACGACUUCAUUGCAUUGAAAAAUAGAAAGGCCUUUUACUAUUGGUAUCUCUACGAAGGCAUGGAGGAGUGCGAAUUCGAUGAGGCGCUAAACGACUUCCAAUCGCUUCUGCAGGACUAUGAAAUCAGUCAAGCAACACGGUCGUGCCUGAAGGGCCCAACCUCGGGAACCACCUUCUACAUAGAUAAGUCGGCAACAUCUACGAGUUCACCGAGGUAUACUGCGGAUUACAAUGGGCCACCAACGAGUGUCUGCUGUUGUGAAAUCUUGCAAUCGUCGUGUGAAUCACAGCGUCGUCCGACUUCCUCCCGCGGUCAAAGCAGUAAACCAAAGUGCGGAUCGGAGCCUCGUCACACCUCCUGCCAACGCGAUACCUCACUACAAACUCCUUCAACAGAUGUAAAUACCUCCUUCAAUGAUUAUGCACCUUCGUCCUAUUAA